AAAAAAAUGAAAUUGUGGUCUAAAAUUGAAGGAGAUAGCAGGUGAAGUUCUAUAGUUUUUUCUUCACAAACCAAACCUGAAAUUGAACUGACAUGGCCACUGUUGCAACUAGAGGAAUUGGAGUAGGAGUGACAAAGCUCCAACACCACAAACCUAAGCAAAAGUCACUGUUUUUUGGCCAUAGACUUAGAAUUAGACCCUGUGUUGAGCCACAAUGCAGUGCAAGGUUCACUGUCUCAAACCCAAAAUUGUUUCAAGUUUUUGCACUAGGGGGUGAGUGGGUUGAAUCAAUUCACAACCUUUUUGUUGGUGUUGGUGUUGGGCUUCCAUGCACUGUGAUGGAGUGUGGAGAUAUGAUCUACAGGAGCACUCUUCCUAAAUCAAGUGGCUUAACAAUCACUGCCCCUGGGGUGGUUCUGGCUUUGGGUGCUCUCUCUUACCUUUGGGCUACACCUGGUGUGGCACCUGGUUUCUUUGACAUGUUUUUUCUUGCUUUUGUUGAAAGGUUGUUCAGACCCACUUACAGAAAGGAUGAUUUUGUUCUGGGGAAGAAGUUGGGGGAGGGAUCAUUUGGAGUGGUUUAUAGAGUGUCACUGGCCAACAAGCCCUCUUCAAAGGAAGGUGACUUGGUUUUGAAGAAGGCGACUGAAUAUGGUGCUGUAGAAAUCUGGAUGAAUGAGCGCGUGCGAAGAGCUUGUGCAAACAGCUGUGCAGAUUUUGUUUAUGGUUUUCUUGAGAGCUCGACAAAGAAAGCUCCUGAAUACUGGCUUAUAUGGCGGUUUGAAGGGGAUGCCACCCUAGCUGACCUGGUGCAGAGUAGAGAGUUUCCAUACAAUGUUGAAACAUUGAUUCUGGGUGAGGUCCAAGACUUGCCCAAGGGAUUGGAAAGAGAAAAUAGAAUAAUUCAAACAAUCGUGAGGCAGAUCUUGUUUGCAUUGGAUAGUCUUCACUCAACUGGUAUUGUGCAUAGGGAUAUUAAGCCGCAAAACAUUAUUUUCUCUGAAGGUUCUCGUACAUUCAAAAUCAUUGAUCUCGGAGCUGCUACAGACCUACGAGUUGGCAUCAACUAUAUUCCUAAGGAGUUUCUUUUGGAUCCAAGGUAUGCUGCACCAGAGCAGUACAUCAUGAGCACGCAAACUCCAUCUGCACCCUCAGCUCCGGUUGCAACUGCACUUUCCCCAGUCUUAUGGCAGUUGAAUUUGCCUGACAGAUUUGAUAUCUAUAGUGCUGGCCUAAUCUUUCUUCAAAUGGCAUUCCCUGGUUUACGCACUGAUAAUAGCCUCAUACAAUUCAAACGUCAAUUAAAAAGGUGUGACUAUGAUUUGGUUGCAUGGAGAAAAAGUGUAGAGCCUCGAUGCGGCCCUGAACUCAGGAGGGGCUUUGAGCUGUUGGAUUUAGAUGGUGGAAUCGGAUGGGAACUUCUGACAUCAAUGGUACGAUACAAAGCAAGGCAAAGGCUGAGUGCAAAAGCAGCAUUAGCUCAUCCUUACUUCGAUAGAGAAGGCCUGUUGGCAUUGUCUUUCAUGCAAAAUCUGAGGCUGCAGCUCUUGCGCGCAACUCAACAGGAUUAUGGAGAAGCUGCCAAGUGGAUUAUUCAGCUCAUGGCAAAAUCAGGAACACAGAAGGAUGGUGGAUUUACUGAAGCUCAGCUCCAGGAACUGAGAGAAAUUGAACCCAAGAAGGCUAAUGUACAGAGAAAUGCUCUAGCUUCAGCACUUAAACUUCAGAGGAAAAUUAUAAGAACCAUAAAUGAGAGUAUGGAUGAGCUGAACAGACGCAAGAAAAGAAUUUGGUGGAGCAGAUGGAUUCCGAGAGAGGAAUGAAAAUUGUAAAUACAUAAUACCCAUUUUUUCUUUUAAAAAUUUUAGUCUAUAGUUUGUAUAUCAAAAUUAAUUAUAUUGAUCAGAUAGAACAAAGUUUAAUAUGAAUUUAAAAAAGAAAAGAAAGAAACUAACUGGAUUCUUAUAUUUUUGGUCAUAAACUAACUGGAAUCUGAUGGAUGCAUACCUGAUGUCUUUUGACUGCACCGGCCACCUUAUUUAUUUAACAUAUUUUCAAAAG